CCACUGCCAAUCACGUGAAAUUGACGUUGGCAUGCCCUUCUUCAAGCCCCAAAGCUGCGCGCUGCCGCGCUCGCGCCAGCUACAAAACACCAGCAAGCGCAAUGGGGUGCGGAGCACGAUUUUCAACACCGUAGGCGACUGGUAUGUGGGGGAGUGGCUUGAGGACCAGAAAACCGGAAAAGGAGUGAUUGGAACCAGGGACGGGCAGCGCUAUGAGGGCGAGCUUGCGCAGAACCGAAGACACGGCUUUGGGGUGCUGGCGCAGCGCAUUCCAGGCACGGACGUUUUCCGGCUCAGCUACAGGGGCAACUGGCAGCGCGGCCGAAUGCACGGCGAAGGUUUGCGCGUGUUUCCGGACGGAAGUUUCUACAUCGGGCUGUUCCGGCACGGCAAACGGCACGGCCAUGGACGCCAGUGGUAUGCAGAUGGCGCCUUCUUCGACGGCCAGUACGUCAGCGACGUGCGCGAGGGUUUAGGCUUAUUGAUCAGAGCGGACGGAAAUCGAUUCGAGGGUGAGUGGAAGAAGGACCGACAGCAUGGAAGGGGCAGAUUCUAUCACUUGAAGAGCGGACAGCUGCAAGAGGGCGUUUGGGUCGACGGUAGUUGUGUGCACAGCCGCAUGAGGGACAUUGACUACCGGCAGUGUUGCAUCGAGCCAACCGCCUACGCCAUUCCGGAAGUGGCACUGUUGCACGCCGACGACGUUAGCCAUUUGGCCACUGAGGGCGCUUUGCCGGGAAUCCCUGAUUGGUCGGGAUUGCAAUAUAAUUAUUAUUAAUUAUCAA